AAUUGCCCCGGCUGCGAUCAAGCUCCAAAAGAUGGCUUCCAAACAGCGUCUCCUACAAACCACCAACAUGAAUUCAGGCGACUUCCAACCUCCAGACCGAUAAGAUGGCCCCAAGAAGGAAUGCGCAGUCGACGGCAGCCGAAAUAUCGUUGGUGCAUUUGAAGAAUUGUCUUGCGAACCUGCCUUCAACGCUCGUUUCCUUGCUCGUAAAUGUGAAUACUCCGGCCCAAAAUGUCGUUGUCGAGCUUAACUACCGCCCUCCAGUCUCCCCGGAGAGCCCAAACUCCAAGGGUGCGUCGAGUCAGAAGUCGGUCUUUCUCGGUUGGACGGGAAUGCCCAGCAAGCGAAGAGUAGCACCGCUGGUCGGCCGUGAUGGAAUCAAUGGUUCAAGAGGAAACUUGGGCAACCGGGACAAGGAAGUCCCUCUUGUGGAAAUCGACGCGACCCUGGCAGCUACGUUGGGGAUUCAGGAUGGACAGAAGGUCAUGGCUAUCAUUCAUCUCGAUCCGCCCAUGGCGCACACGGUCAAUAUCGAGCCUCUCACGCCGGAAGACUGGGAGAUCAUCGAGCUGCACGCCACAUUCCUGGAAAUCAACAUGCUCUCCCAGAUACGUGCCCUGCCUAACCCGGCAUACGUGCCUGGGCCAGGGAUUAAAGCUAGCCCGCAUCCAUUAACGCUUCACCUCUCGCCGACCUCAACAGCCAAUGUCAAGAUCCUCUCGCUCGAGCCACCGCUACCUUCUGACUCGCCAUUUGCGAAGAUUGCUCCCGACGCCGAAGUCAUUGUUGCGCCGAAGACGAGGACAAAGCCGUCAAGGAGUAACCGCGAUAGCAAGAGUGUAGCCAGCACAUCGAGGAAAAGCUACAAAAGCAAUACGAGUACCGUGAGGAAUAAGAGCGCACGGGAGGAACGCAAGGCAACCUUGUUUUUGAGAGGGGUUACCAAGACAGUCUGUCAAGAAUGGUUCGACAGCGAGGAUGCAGGUGAUGAUCUGAGCGUCUGGGUGGAUCGCGAUAUCCGCUUCUCCCAAGAGUUCAAAGGCUUGAACUGGGUCACUGUGAGUGUACUGAGGCCGGUAGGCUUGGAAGAGCCGAUUGAACCGCAAAAUCAACAGCAAAAUUUGGAGACAGACGGGCCGAAACCUUGUCGGAAAGUGGUCGCCCGACUUCGGCCAUGGGAUGAGCCGCCGAACGGCCAGGCCGUAGCCCUGUCAGCGCCGCUGUGCGCGGCUUUGGCUUGUCAGGGAAUGGUCGGUGGAGUGGUCAAACUAGAGCCAGCUCCCGAGCAGCUUCCUCGCAAGCCCCUCCUGGACUCUGAUGGGACAUCGCGGGAUACUAUUCGACGCCUGAAAAUCUACCCCUUUAUAGCACAAGACGCGGUCUCCUCCGCUGGACUGAAGUUUGGCGGCGAGUCCAAGACUGAGCGGGAAGAAGCUGCGAAGCGAAUCCAGCACAUAUACGGCGCGAACUCCCGAGGACUGCUAUACGGCCCACUCACGGAUGGUCAGGUUCUAGGAGUGCAUGACGGCCUGGAAUACCGUCGCGGAUGGGAGGGCGGGAUCGUGAAAUUCGACCCGCCGGUUCCAUCGUCCACGCAGACUUCGAGCAAGGAUGUAGUCAGUUGGAUCCUUGGCUCAGAUUGGCAUCUUCCAGUGGAGGUUCAACCACCAAUCGCUUGGCCCGCUCCCUCUGGCCCGGGUAUGCCGAUGCCACCGCAUCCUCCGGCCGACUCGGUGCUUGUCGGCAUUGAUUCUCUUCUUCAAGAGCUCGAGUCUCACCUUGCUCACAUGUCUUCCGUCCUCUUAACGGGGGGGCUUGGAUCUGGCAAAACGUCGGUGGCACAAGCGGUUGCACACAAACUUCGAGUCGAUCAGCUCUGUCACACUACGUACUUCCCGUGCACGAUGCUCGUCAACGAUGAAAGCAGGAUCUCUACCAUCAAGAACACCCUAACCCGCCUCUUUAUGGCGGCGAGUUGGGGGGCCAGGCUUGGGGGCCGGUCGAUCGUGAUCUUAGACGACCUUGACAGACUCUGUCCAGCAGAGACGGAACUGCAGGUCGGGAACGAGAAUGGCCGCAGCCGACAGAUCAGCGAGGCCAUCUCCUCUAUUGUGAGACAGCACUGUGGGAAAGACCAGAACGUUGUCCUCUUGGCCACAUGCCAGGGAAAGGACUCGCUCCAUAAUGUUUUAGUUGGUGGGCAUGUAGUUCGGGAGAUUGUCGACCUGCACGCUCCAGACAAGGAGGUUCGGAGGCGGAUCAUGGAAGCCAUUACCAAGCAGAAUUCCGUCGCGCCCUUGGAGCCGAGACCAGCACAGUCUGUCAGUAGCCGUCCAACCACUGCAGACGGAACAUCAACCGGCGAUGACGGGGAUGCGUGGAUGGACGGCUCAAGCCAAUCGAAAGACCCGAAAUCCCCGACACCUGCUGCGGGAUUCCUGAUCGAUACAGACCUAGAUUUCCUGGAUGUUGCGGGCCAGACCGAUGGGUACAUGCCCGGAGACAUCAAGUCGCUCGUUGCAAGAGCCCGCAACGAGGCCCUAAUACGCACGGUCGGGGACGUUGACUUCGGCCAAGAUUUGCCUGUGCAGCUUGGUCGCGCCGAUUUUGAUAAAGCCCUGGUGGGGUUUACCCCAGCUUCGUUGCGAAAUGUCACUCUUCAGAGUUCGACUACUACCUUCGAUUCGAUAGGUGGUCUACAAGAGACGCGAAAGGUUCUGCUGGAGACAUUGCAAUACCCCACCAAAUACGCGCCAAUCUUUGCCCAAUGCCCCUUAAGGCUGCGGUCUGGACUUCUACUCUACGGGUAUCCCGGAUGCGGCAAGACUUUGCUCGCCAGCGCGGUAGCGGGGGAAUGCGGCCUCAACUUCAUCAGCGUAAAGGGCCCGGAGAUCCUGAACAAAUACAUCGGCGCGUCCGAGAAGAGCGUACGAGACCUGUUUGAGCGCGCCCAAGCGGCAAGGCCUUGCGUCCUUUUCUUCGACGAGUUCGAUUCCAUCGCGCCCAAGCGAGGCCAUGAUUCUACAGGCGUCACGGAUCGGGUAGUCAAUCAGCUCCUCACUCAGAUGGAUGGCGCGGAGGGGCUGUCCGGAGUCUACGUCUUGGCGGCUACGUCCCGGCCGGAUCUCAUCGAUCCGGCACUGCUGCGGCCCGGACGUCUAGAUAAGUCGCUCCUCUGUGACUUCCCGGGCCUCGAAGAUCGCAUCGACAUACUCAAGGCGCUCGCCAAGACGGCCAGGGUCAGCGACGAGGUCCUCGAUUCGGAGGACGAUCUGGUCGAGCUCGGCCGGCGAACGGAAGGCUUCACCGGCGCCGACCUCCAAGCCCUGGUCUCGAACGCGCAGCUAGAGGCCAUCCACGACGCCCUGAGCCACCACGACGCCGCGGACGGGGCGGGGGAUCCCAACGGCCGCCGGUACAAGGCCAAGAAGCCCGCCGACGGCGCCCCGGCUCGCAACUUCGUCCAGUUCAGAUACGGCCAGGAGGAGUCCAAGGCCGAUGCCCAGCGCCGCGCCAGGUCGGGGGCGAGCCGGUCGUCGGAGCUCGCCGAACAGGCCGCCAUCUCGGCGAAGCUGGAGGGCAUCAAGCUCGCGCGCAAGAGGGCAAAGCAGGGCCAUGCUGAGACCGCAGGUGGUCGCGGAGCCUCCUCUGAGAAGGGGCAGCAGGAGAAGCAGCAAAACAGAAAGGUCGUGAUCGGCUGGAAGCACCUGGCCGCGGCGCUGGAGGACACGAGGGCCAGCAUCAGCGCGGACGAGAGGAGGCGGCUGGGGAGGAUAUAUCACGAGUUCGUCGUCGGGAGGAGCGGGGAGAUGAGGGAUGGGCAGGGGAGCAUGGAGAUAGGGGGGAGGAGCAGUCUCAUGUGA